UUUAGAAAUAACGAACUAAUAUUUAGUUUAGUACAAAAAACAAAAACAUUGAAUAUGGUACUAACCAUUCCAAUAAUAACGCUCUUCAGUAAGUGACAUAAUUAUCAUUAAAAUAUUUUGUAUUUGCUGUUUUAAGCCGCUUAGAUCUUCUCAAUUCCGGCAGGGUAACCGUCACUUGCAAUGCUGGCGUUAUAUUCAUCAAACGUGGCAGAGGGGGUGCAAUCCUAAUGGGUGGCAUAGGGUGUAAAGUUGGUGGUGGCGGUACAAACAUUAUGGGCGGCACAGGUUGUGAAGUUGGUGGUGGCGAUACAAACGUUAUGGGUGGCAUAGGUUGUGAUGUUGGUGGUGGCGGUACAAACGUUAUGGGCGGCAUAGAUUUCGCAAGCUUUCUCAUCGCAGGGAGACACUUAUCACAGGGAAAGGUAACUGGCUUGUUCAAGGGUAUCCCCUCAGUUUCUUUCACAAAGGAGGACAUCUCAGAACUCUCCUCGCGAUUUAGGCUUGCUCUGGUUGCAAAGUUCAUUCGUCGUCCAUCUUUCACAACGAUGAACAAAUUUUUGCAGAAGCUUGGGCUCAAGGGGGGUUUUGAUAUCUCACUUCUUCAUAGCAACAGUUUCCUCCUAAAUUUUAGGGAGGAGGAGGACUACCUUCGACUCUUCCUCCGUAGAUCCUGGCAGGUUUUUGACAAACAAAUGAGUCUCACAAAAUGGAGCCCUUCGCUUUCACAGGAGUCGGAGAACCCCAUAAUGCCCAUCUGGAUUGCAUUCCCCGGCCUCCCCAUACACCUCCAUGACAAGAGAGCCCUACACCUUAUUGCAUCAACUAUUGGUACUCCUCUGAAGGUGGAUUCUUGUACGAUGAAUUUUUCCAGGCCAGCCCUAGCCAGAUGCUGCGUAGAAGUGGAUAUCUCCAAUCUUCCGCCGGCCAGAAUACUUAUUAAUCAUGGAGGAGAGGAACUUAUUUUUCCUUUCCAUUUUGAGGAUGUCCCUCUUUUUUGCAAAAGGUGUAAAAGGACUGGGCAUGUGCUAGAAGCAUGUCAGCAUAAGAAGGAAGCCGGUUUCACUCCUUACCGGAAAACAGAGGUGGCGCCGGAGAAGAUGGAAGAACUUGCAGUGGAUCUGACUAGUGAAAAGUGGCAAAAGGUAAAAUCCAAAAAGGGUAAAGCCAAGAUGCCUUUGGAACCAGCACUUAAAAGAGAGUGGCGGGCCAGACCUUCCACUACUUCACAUGCUACUUCAUCUGCUGCAUGGAAGGAAGGUCCAGGGGAAUCAUCCAAAACCAAUGCAGGUACAAGCGACCCCACCCCAACCCUCAACAGCGUAAUCAAUAAUGGGGCAAAUGAAGUAAUCUCCAAAAAUAGACAGGGGGCCUAUUGCAUCACUGACCCGCUUGUCCUCUCAGCUCUCACUUUACAGCACUGCAGUGAUUUUGUGGUAAGAUCUCCUAUUCUGUUUGAAGCUCCCACCUUCAAUGAGGAGUCUGUAGAUGUUGAUGAUAGCUUGGCCUUAGUUCCUUUCGUGGAUUUCAACCUUCCUGUUGAUGCCUACUCACUCUCCAGGCAGUCAUUGAAGAAGAUCAGAUUCUUUCUUGCUAUUUCAAGUCUUUGCAAACUUCAGCUCCAUUCUGGGUUUCCAGUGUGUAUGGCAAACACACUAGAGCAGAGCGUGAAGGUUUAUGGGCCUCUCUACGUAAUCUUUACCCAGUUCAAGGUCCCUGGAUCAUUGGAGGGGAUUUUAAUACUGUUGCAAAUAUUUCUGAGCAUAAAGGGAUGGAGGAGAGGUAGGGUGAGCAGAAGAUUAGACCGUAUACUUACAAAUGAAGAGUGCUUGGAUGUCUUCCAAACCAUAGAGUUCCUACAAAGCCCUUCUGGAUUCAUCAUGGGACACAAGCUACCAAGGGGGGGGGGCAUGAGGGGUCUUGCAUUGAAACUCUCAAAUUUUAAGAAAUGCCUCUUAACUUGGAACAAGAAUGUUUUUGGAAAUCUCUUCAAAGAGGUCACUGAGGCAGAAGAAAAGGCUGAGGCUGCUGAGGUAAAAUUGGAAAAUGAGGACUUAGAUGAAAAUCUAAUUGCCUACAAACAUUGCACAGCCCUUCUUCAACUGGCUUUGAAAAAGGAGGAAAGCUUUUGGGCACAAAAGGCUAAUAUAAAGUGGAUAUCUCAGGGUGAUGCUUCUACUUCAUUUUUCCACUCUUAUGUUAGGGGAAGGAGGCAAAGAUUGCACAUUUCAUCACUUAAACGAGAGAACGGGAGUAUCUGUUCAAAAUUGGAAGAUAUCUCCAGCCUGGUGGUGGAACACUUCACAAAGACUUUCUCUAACAAUCAUGUUGGAGAGAUGGGUCAGAUUCUGGAUCAUAUCUCCCUAUGUGUGUCUACAGAGGACAACAAUCUGAUCAAUCACAUUCCGGAUGAAGAGGAGAUCAAACAAACAGUAUGGAAGCUAAACGCUAAUAGCACUGCUGGGGCUGAUGGUUUUAAUGGUUUUUUCUUCAGGAAUGCAUGGGAUACGGUAAAGAUUAAUGUUUGCAAAGCUGUGCAAGAAUAUUUUGUGGGCAUCCCACUACCCAAAGCUUUUGGUAGUACUUUAAUUACUCUCAUACCUAAACAAGAAGGUGCCAAUACUCUUGACCAAUUCAGGCCUAUCUCUCUUUCAACUUUCUUUAGCAAAAUCAUCUCUAGACUACUAAGUGAAAGGCUGAAGCAUAUCAUCCCAAAGCUGAUAUCACAGGAACAAGGAGCUUUCCAGGUUGGUAAAAAUAUUAUUGAACAUGUUCUCAUGACCAAAGAAAUGUUCCACCUACUAGCAGCAAAUGUGAGGGGAGGGAACUGCAUAAUCAAACUGGAUCUUUCUAAGGCUUUUGACAAAUUAUCUUGGGCAUAUCUGGAAGGGGUACUAGCAAAGUUUGGUUUUGAUGGCAGAUCGAUUAACCUUCUGCUGGGGAACCUAAGGGCAACCUUCUUCUCAGUCUUAGUGAAUGGACAACCGAAGGGUUUUUUCCCAAUGAAAUGUGGUGUCAAACAAGGAGAUCCUCUUUCUCCUCUCCUCUUCAUUAUUGCUCUUGAAGGACUGACCAGAUAUCUAAACUUCAAUCACUCCAUUGGUCUCAUCAAGUCAUUCUCUGCAGGUAGAACGUCAACCCCAUGCCACCUGCUCUAUGCGGAUGAUAUCAUCCUAUUUACCACAGCGGAAUGCAAAAACCUCUUGAGGAUAAGAAGUUUAUUAUCAGAUUUCAUGAAGGCCUCGGGGCAAGAGAUCAAUUACUCCAAGAGCCAAGUUAUAGUCCAUGAUAGAAUGAAGACAGAUCACAAACUAAAAAUCACUAAAAUCAUGGGCAUCAAAUGUAGUACCAAAGCUUUCAAGUAUCUAGGCUCUACUAUUGUCAAGGGGAAGCUUAGAAGAAUCCACUGCAAGGAUCUUGUAGAGAGAUUUGAGAAAAAACUUAAUGCAUGCUCAACACCUCCCCAAAUCCAUUAUUAAGAGCCUCAACAGAAAAAUGGCUAAUUUCUUUUGGGGGGCAAAAGAGGAUGACAAUAAGUAUCAUUGGCGUAGCUGGAACAGGUU